UUGCAUUUAUCCUGUCUUGAUUCUAUCAAUCAUUUUUUUGCAGGGGAUCUUGGUCAAAGUUAUGAUUCAAACAAGACACUUACUCAUUAUGAAUUAAAUCCAACUAAAGGGAAAACAGUGCUCUUUGUUGGGGACCUCUCUUACGCGGAUAACUAUCCGAAUCAUGAUAAUGUUAGGUGGGAUACAUGGGGACGGUUUUUGGAGAGAAGUGCUGCCUAUCAAUCUUGGAUAUGGACUGCAGGAAAUCACGAGAUUGAUUUUGACCCUGAAAUUGGUGAAACUGAACCCUCCAAGCCCUAUACUCACAGGUAUCAUGUACCUUAUAAAGCAUCAAACAGCACGGCUCCCUUUUGGUACUCAAUCAAGAGGGCUUCAGCAUACAUAAUUGUCUUGUCUUCUUAUUCGGCAUACGGCAAAUACACUCCUCAAUACAAAUGGCUUGAGAAGGAGUUCCCAAAAGUAAACAGGAGUGAGACACCAUGGUUGAUUGUUUUAAUGCAUUCCCCAUGGUACAACAGCUACAACUAUCAUUACAUGGAAGGGGAAACCAUGAGAGUUAUGUGUGAGCCAUGGUUUGUACAAUACAAAGUAGACAUUGUGUUUGCCGGUCAUGUUCACGCAUAUGAACGAUCGGAACGUGUAUCCAACAUUGCUUACAACGUUGUAAAUGGCAUUUGUAGUCCUGUAAGUGAUCAAUCUGCGCCCGUGUACAUUACCAUUGGUGAUGGUGGAAAUCUUGAAGGCUUGGCAACCAACAUGACGGAGCCACAGCCAAAAUACUCAGCUUUCCGUGAGGCUAGUUUCGGUCAUGCCAUUUUUGAUAUUAAAAACCGAACUCAUUCUUACUUUAGUUGGCAUCGCAAUCAAGAUGGAUAUGCUGUAAAAGCUGAUUCCUUGUGGUUUUUCAACCGAUAUUGGCAUCCAGUUGACGAUUCUACAAGCGCCCAAUCUAAAUGAUAUAAACUUUAUAACUCAAAAACUUUUAUAAUAUCAUUCCAUAUAAUUCACUUUCAUGUCUUCCAUCCAUAUUUAGAA